AGCGACUGGGUGACAGUCAUUUCAAAGUUCGUUUCUCACAAGAACACAUCGCAUUUUGCGUGAGACGCCUUUAUUUUCGUUAAGAAACUUCGGAUUUCCAAGCACGAUGCGUGAAGUUAUCAGCAUACAUGUCGGUCAAGCCGGUGUCCAGAUCGGAAACUCCUGCUGGGAGCUGUACUGUCUUGAGCACGGCAUCCAGCCCGACGGUCGAAUGCCGACGGAAACACCAGUCGGCAAGAUCGACGACUCGUUCAGUACGUUCUUCAGCGAGACCGGGACCGGAAAACACGUGCCGCGUUCCCUAUUUGUUGACCUAGAGUCAACUGUCGUAGACGAGGUGCGGACAGGCAAAUACCGCCAGCUGUACCACCCUGAGCAGCUCAUCACCGGCAAGGAGGACGCCGCCAACAACUACGCCCGCGGACACUUUACCGUCGGCAAGGAGCUUAUUGAUCAAGUCCUUGACCGUAUCCGGAAGAUGACGGACCAGUGCAGCGGGCUCCAGGGGUUCCUGAUUUUCCAUUCCUUCGGUGGCGGGACUGGGUCUGGUUUUACCUCGCUGCUAAUGGAGAGGCUAAGCGUCGAUUACGGCAAGAAGUGUAAACUAGAAUUCGCGGUCUAUCCCGCGCCUCAGGUCGCAACAGCCGUCGUGGAGCCGUACAACGCCGUUUUAACCACCCACACCACGCUUGAGCACACCGAUUGCGCCUUCAUGGUCGACAACGAGGCUCUGUUUGAUAUCUGCCGAAAGAGGCUUGACGUUGAGCGUCCGUCAUACGGCAAUUUGAACCGCCUUAUUGGACAGAUCGUCUCCUCAAUCACGGCAUCGCUGAGAUUUGACGGCGCGUUGAACGUCGACCUGACGGAGUUCCAGACCAACUUGGUCCCGUACCCGCGUAUUCACUUCCCUCUGACGACUUAUGCACCGCUCAUUUCUGCCGAGAAGGCUUACAGUGAGCAGCUAUCCGUCUCCCAGCUUGCCAACGAAUGUUUCGAAUCCGCAAACCAGAUGGUGAAAUGCGACCCUCGCCAGGGCAAGUAUAUGGCCUGCUGUAUGCUCUACCGAGGUGACGUCGUUCCAAAAGACGUAAAUACCGCUAUUGCAGCGAUAAAGACCAAGCGGACAAUUCAGUUCGUCGACUGGUGUCCGACGGGCUUUAAAAUAGGCAUCAACUACCAGCCGCCCACCGUCGUCCCCGGUGGCGAUCUCGCAAAGGUCCCACGCGCCGUAUGCAUGUUGAGCAACACGACCGCUAUCGCCGAGGCAUGGGCUCGCCUGGACCACAAGUUCGACCUGAUGUUCGCCAAGAGGGCGUUUGUCCACUGGUACGUGGGUGAGGGGAUGGAGGAGGGUGAAUUCAAUGAGGCUCGAGAGGAUCUAGCGGUACUGGAGAAGGAUUAUGAGGAAGUGGGGAUCGAGUCAGGAGACGGCCUUGACCUGCAUGAGGAGGACGAGUAUUGAGGGCCGGCCAGGGCCGGAGACAUGCCAUGUACCGACAGAUCAAAAGAAGACAUUUACUGUUUUCAGUUUCAUAUUGUUCGUACAUAAUAUUUGUUGUGUGGACUCCUGCAAGGCAAUGUAAAAAAAUAUAUAAUAAUAUCGCUUGACCUUCUUUUAAUCGUCGAAUAAUUUCAAUAUUUUUUCAGAUUUUUUUAUGUUAAAUAUGUUUAUGUUUUCCUAAAAAAGUUCGACUUUUCUUAUUGUUGUGUGUUUACAAUGUUCCCUUAAUAAAAAAUAAAAAUAG